CACGGCCUCAGCAACAUCGCCCCCGGCUACGACACCCGCCACCCCAUAAAUACCACCGCAUCUCCCCGUCUUCCAUCGCGCUGAGUACCCACGAUCCAGAUAUCCACACCACACCACCCGACCGAUCGUCACCAUGGCCAACUACCUCGCUUCCAUCUUCGGUACCGAGCAGGACAAGGUCAACUGCUCCUUCUACUACAAGAUCGGCGCGUGCCGCCACGGCGACCGCUGCUCGCGCAAACACGUCAAGCCUUCUUACUCGCAGACGAUCCUGCUGCCCAAUCUGUACCAGAACCCGGCGUACGACCCCAAGAACAAGUUGAAUCCGCAGCAGAUGCAGCUGCACUUUGAUGCGUUUUACGAGGACAUCUGGAGCGAGCUGUGCCAGUAUGGACUAGUGGAAGAGCUGGUGGUUUGUGAUAAUAAUAACGAUCAUCUCAUCGGCAACGUAUACGUACGCUUCAAGUACGAAGAAGACUCGCAAAAAGCAUGCGACGCGCUCAAUUCGCGCUGGUACGCCGGGCGCCCUAUAUACUGCGAGCUCUCGCCCGUGACCGACUUUCGAGAAGCCUGUUGUCGGCUGAAUUCAGGCGAGGGCUGUGUGCGCGGCGGCUUCUGCAAUUUCAUCCAUCGCAAGGAACCCAGUGCGGAGCUGGAUCGCGAGCUCGACAUGUGCACGCGCAAGUGGCUGAAGGAGAGGGGUAGGGACGCGAGGAGUAUGUCCAAGAGCCCGACGCCACCUCCCGCCGCGAAGAGGUUCUAGUGCGUGCCUUGUCGUAAUGCGACGGGCGUCUCGCGGAGAGGCUUUAGGAGGAGAGGCCCAAGGAUGAGAGUGGGAGAAGGUGGAAGAUGAACGGGGAAUGGACUGGAGUUUGGGCGUUCAGAUUCCUCCAUGUCAUUUAGCGGCGUUCCGGGUCGAAUUGCACAUGUUUUGAUUCGAUAAUAGCAGCGAUGAGUCGCUGACGGGGACUUGGCUGUAUGUAGAUUGCGGAAAAAAGAUUCGUUAGUUCUCUUCACAUGCCUCACUUGCCCACUCUCCAGACGUGCUCUUUGCGACAGACAAUCAUUUGCAAAAGCUUGAUAUAGAGGUAAAUAGACAUUUGCAAUUUUGAGC